AUGAACAGCAACGGCAGCAAGAGAAUGAGAAACUUCGAUAAGACAUUUGAAGCGCGGUCCGCCACACAGCGAAUGUGUCAAUACUCGCCGGCUGGCACAUUAUUGGUGCAUAAAGGCGCAACCCACUCGAAAGUUCAUUCCACCGCGUUUCUCCUUGGAAUAAUGGUCGCCGACGUGAAAUCCCCAGCAGGGCUCUCUGCCUUCAACACCACUCUUGCUGAGCAGGCUUUUGCCAACGGAUUCACUUAUUCUGGAGAAGACGCCAAACUCUUCGCUGACCUCGGAAAGGCUCCAAAUGCUUCCACCUACCCAAAUGUUGCGCGUUGGUACGCCAACAUUGCCAGCUACAGCGAGGCUGAGCGCAAGGCCUGGCCAUCGGCCGGAGGAUCUGCUGCUCCAGCCGCUGCUGAUGAUGAUGACUUCGAUCUCUUCGGAUCCGAUGAAGAGGAUGAUGAGGAGAAGAAGAAGCUCGUCGAGGAGCGCUUGAAGGCUUACAACGAGAAAAAGUCGAAGAAACCAGGACCAAUUGCCAAGUCUUCCGUCAUUCUUGACGUUAAGCCAUGGGAUGAUGAGACAGAUUUGGGCGAGCUCGAACAGAUGGUCCGUGGAAUCGAAAUGGACGGACUCGUUUGGGGAGGUGGAAAGCUCAUCCCAAUUGGAUACGGAAUCCAAAAGUUCCAAAUCAUCUGCGUCAUCGAAGACGCCAAGGUUUCCGUCGAUGACCUCAUCGAAAAGAUCACCGGAGACUUUGAGAGCCACGUCCAAUCUGUCGAUAUUGUUGCCUUUAACAAAAUCUAA